CAAUGGAGACUUCAGUUGACGGCGAACAUAGUUAUCGAACGAAUUGAAAUCAAAGCGUGUAGUAUGGGGUAUUAUUGUGCUGACAAUUGAUAACGUGCUAUAAUAGACAAGGCACAUUUUGUGGUUUUGAUUGCUGUGCCAAUCUGACAGCCAUGGUGACAAACAUACCAAGUCGUUUAUUACAUUGGAUUUGUGUUCCUGGUUUGAUUACAUCUGGCAGUGUAUAUGAGGUCUACGAAAUAUGAUGGACUUUACGAGUAACCUGCGCCUGCGCAUUCGGACAAAUAAUCAUACAAUGGAAGCAGUGGUAGAAACCAUUCGGAAAAACGAUUCGGAUGAUAUCGGGGCUCUAUACUACGUUGUAGCUGUUGUUUUUAUCUAUGGGUUUUCUAUAGUAAUGAUGAUUGCGUCACAUAUCCGCAAAAACAAACAGGACAACCAGCUUCGUGUCUACUUAAAGGAAAUGGCGGUGCUGAGGAAAAACGACAGAAGGGAGAAAUUGGUAGGAACAAUUUCCAGCUUCACCACCACCAAGAAGAACAAUUUUGCAGAAGAAUUUGAGAAAAAGAAAACUCCAAAAUUGAUUGAUGGAGUGAACGAAGAAAAACAGGAAUUGCUUUUUCGAGCGAACAGUACAAGUGACGACACGAAUGAUUCGGGAUUACAGCUUAAUUACGACGAGGACUCGGAAUCUCCUCCCAAAACCUGUGAAAGCCAAAAUUCAAAGCAGAAUUCUCUGUUGGUUCACGUGAUUAACGAACAGACGUCUUUGUGAUUUUCAUCUUGCUCAUACAGGCUCUCGUUAUGUCAUUGUGAUUUUUUUUUCGUUUAUUUUCAUACACGGUUACGUCACGACAACAUCCUCUUUGAAACACUUAAUUAUAUCAUAUUUUAACAUCUAUAAAAAGAUGGGCAGUUUGACAUUAAAAAUGUCAUUGUGACAACUGGAAUCACAUAGAUCCUAUCCAUAUCACUACCAACACCCGGGACGCAAAAAUUACAGUUUACCAAACCGAUCUACACCAUUAACCCACUGGCAUGCUUUUAAAUGUGUAAAAAAUUGUUUAUACCGUAACCUGUACAAAGAGAAUUAUGGUUUUGCAUAUGUUUAGGUUUAGAAACACCAAUUGUCUUAGAUAGAAGACAGGACCUUUUGAUAAAAAAAACAUUGUUCACUAUAUUUGUGUUGCAUGCAUUGGGCGAAGGGAGGUAAGUCUAACUCAGCAAGUGUAUACUGUGGCGUUAUGUUGUACGUUAUGAUCGUCAUUAAAGAAAGUGUAAACUGUGACCUUAUUUAAGCUAAUAGACGAUUCCCAAAGCUAAAAUGGUGCUACAAAUGGCUCAGAGAAAUGCUCCAUACAUCAAUGUCUGGUCAGUGUUGUGAUUUAUGUCAAACUAUGUACAGUAAUUAUAAGCGGCCUAUUUUCCCUAGAGAUAUCCUAGUGUCAGUCAGUAUGGACGCCAAGAUAAUCCAACAACGUUUAUAGAAUAUCUGAACUUCGUGACAAAACACAAUACAAAUGUCAAGUUUUAAAUGUCAUACGUCUAUGAAAUGUAUGGUACGUGCUUAUCUAUUGAAGUAAAUGUUUCUUACAUGUAUGUCAUUUAUUUGACGAUAUAUUGAUCUACUGAUUACGUACAGGAUUUUGACAUAUGCCUUAUGCUGUAUACAUGAUCGGAUUAAUUUGAUAAUGUUCCAAUUAUUACACGUAUGAAAUUUUCCCGAUAGAGUCCAUCAACCAAGAAAUCUCUACAGUGUCCCAGGGAAUAACAAGAAAUCCCUACUGUGUCCCAGGGUAAAACAAGAAAUCCCUACUGUGUCCCAGGGUAAAACAAGAAAUCCCUACUGUGUCCCAGGGAAUAACAAGAAAUCCCUACAGUGUCCCAGAGUAAAACAAGAAAUUCCUACUGUGUCCCAGGGUAAAACAAGAAAUCCCUGUGUCCCAGGGUAAAACAAGAAAUCCCUACUGUGUCCCAAGGUAAAACAAGAAAUCCCUACUGUGUCCCAGGGUAAAACAAGAAAUUCCUACAGUGUCCCAGAGUAAAACAAGAAAUCCCUACUGUGUCCCAGGGUAAAACAAGAAAUCCCUACUGUGUCCCAGGGUAAAACAAGAAAUCCCUACAGUGUCCCAGGGUAAAACAAGAAAUCCCUACUGUGUCCCAGGGUAAAACAAGAAAUUCCUACUGUGUCCAAGGGUAAAACAAGAAAUCCCUACUGUGUCACAGGGUAAAACAAGAAAUCCCUACUGUGUCCCAGGGUAAAACAAGAAAUCCCUACUGUGUCCCAGGGUAAAA